UGUUAGGGCGGGCGCCGCCAUGGGCCGAGCGGGGCGUGUUUGGCCGCGGGCGCGGGCCAGGAUGGGAGCGGCCUGCAGAGGAGGCGGAGGCAGAGGCGGAGCGCGGAGGUGGCGCGAGGUGCUUGGACUCCUAAGGUGCUUGGCUAGUUUCCAGCUAAUAAAAAAAUAUGGAGCUGGAGAGGAUGAACCCAAGUCCUGGAGAUGAAGACCAAAAAGAAGAAAAAGAUGAAAGAAACUGUCGAGCCUGCAUUAAAUGUGAUAGAAUCCAUAAAACCAUUUCCAAAUGGAUGCUUCCUGAGAAUGCCAGAGCCACCUACUUGGAAAGAGCAAACUGUAUCCCUCCUCCCUUGUUCAUCAUCUCUAUUAGCAUUGCAGAGCUGGCUGUUUUCAUUUAUUACGCUGUUUGGAAGCCUCAGAAACAAUGGAUCACUCUGGAUGAAGGGAUCUUGAACAGUCCUUUUAUUUAUAAACCUAAGAAAAGGGAAGAAGCUUGGAGAUUCAUUUCUUACAUGCUAGUGCAUGCAGGUGUUGAACACAUUUUAGGAAAUCUUGUCCUGCAACUUAUUUUUGGGAUCCCAUUGGAAAUGGUUCACAAAGGGCAUCGUGUUGGGCUGGUUUAUCUUGCUGGAGUAAUUGGAGGUUCCUUGGCCAGCUCAGUCUUUGAUCCCAUGCAGGCUCUGGUGGGGGCUUCAGGAGGAGUCUAUGCCCUGAUGGGAGGCUACUUUAUGAACAUAUUAGUGAACUUCAGAGAAAUGAUUCCUUUGUUUGGUGUCUUCAGAUUGGUCUUCAUCGUGUCUAUAGUUGGAACAGAUAUUGGAUUUGCUCUCUACAGAAGAUUUAUAGCCCCUGUGAAUGGACCACAAGUGUCCUUUGUGGCUCAUGUUGCAGGUGGCUUGGCUGGGAUGUCCAUAGGUUACAUCAUUUUCAGCUGCUUUGAUAAGAGCUUUAUAAAAGAUCCGAGAUUUUGGAUUUCUAUUGUUGCUUAUUUGGUCUGUGUUGUGGCUGCUGUAUUGUUUAACAUCUUUCUUUCACCUGCAAACUAAACCAAACUAAUCAUGAAAGAAUUGUUAAAAACUUCAGGGAACUGACAUAAAAAACUUGUCUCACUUUUAUAUAACUACAGGAGGACUCUGUAAAUGUAGUCUUUUUUUAAAACAGUUUUUAGAUUUUUAAAAAGUCACCUUGACAGUGAUCCUGUCUUGGAAAUGCAAUGUUUUUACUAAAAUAUACAACUUAAAAACCCCAACAACCCCCCCCCCCCACAAAUAAAGCCUUUUCCAUAUUAUUGCUUUGUAUACAAUUGAACUAAAUAAAAUGAUUCUUGGUUGCUUUUAUAGA